AUUUUGUGUUUGUAUUGUUAGAAUAAUAAUAGGAAAAUAUUUAUUGUUCUGCAUUUGAAAUUGCAUUGUUAAUAAACUAAUAAGCUUAUUGGUUACACUGUUGCACAAGUAAAUUUUUUUCUGAAAUGAUUUUUUAAAAACUGCGCUUUUGGCAUUCAUCCCACAGAUUGUUACUGUAAUCUUUUAUUGAAAUCAAAUUUGCUGUACACACUGACGAAUGAUUAUUAAUAAAUGAUGGUUAAUUAGUUGAGUGGCGAAUGUGCUGAACAAAUAAGUAUGGAUAUAAAUGCAAUGAAAAAUAAUCAUAUCAAUUUGAAAAACAAUAUGCUUUGGAAAGAAAAUACUAAUUUCACGUUUUAAUGUAUUGAGAAGAAGAUAUAUUGUUUACCUUAUCAGAAUAAUUUCUAUUCAGGUCGAUAAACUAUGGAAACAACAUUAGAAUUACCUCUUGGAAGAGACAUGAAACAAAUCAAAGUUGAUAACUGGGGAACAUUUUUUUUACAAAAAUUAUUACAAUUAUACGUUAACGAAGAAUUACUAGAUUUACAUAUAAAAUUUCAUCAAAGCAAGCACAUUGUCAAAGUUCAUCGAUUAGUGGUGACAACAUGCACUGAUUAUUUUCUUGAAUUAGAACGACAGCAAAAUGAAAAUAACUAUAUUGAAAAUCGAUCAAUAACUAUGCCACCUGAUAUAUCGUACGAAAGUAUAAAAUCAAUAAUAAGUUUUAUGUAUACUGGUCAACUAGAAUAUUGGGCAUCAGAGCAUAAUGACCUGUACCGAACAGCUCAAAAAUUAAAAAUGUCUAUUUUAAUAAAACUACUAGAUGCUCAGUUAAAUCAGACUCACUCAAUAUCUGCAACCAAACCAGAAGUAGAGUUUACGACUGAUAAACAACAAGUGAUAUUCCAACGAAAACCAUUUUUUGAAGACACCGCCUCUAAUGAAAAAUCACCAUUUAUAAAAAGGAAACAAGAUGACGACCACUUACUGCAAAUUUCGAAGAGUAAUAUAGAUUUUUGGAAUUCUGAAUCCCACCUCGGUAAUUCUUCCUCAAAAAAUUAUCAGGGUCCAUCUCGUUUCGAUCUCCCGGAAAUAGAUGAAUUAACACUUGGAGUCUUUUCUUCAUUUGAUGAUAUAACUUAUAAUACUCAACCUAUUGUUCAAGCACCGGAAAGAAUGAAUUAUAGUAACAAAAUAUUCAGCACUUUUAUAAAUGACUCUUCAAAUUUAGAGCCUAGCAAUAAAUCAAAUUUUUCAAGAAAAGAGGAUGGAAAUUCAGAUAUCUCAGAUGAUGAUUGGUCACAAUCAUAUUUUACUAAAAUGAAAGAGGUUCAACAUAUUUCUAAAAAUUUUCGAUUUGAUACAAGUAACAAAGAAAAUUUUAAAAAAUUAGAACACUUUAGCAAUAACACCGAAACAUCUGUUGAAGUAGUCGACAACCAUGCCAAAAUUAUACGUGAAGUUCUAAAGAAAUAUCCACAUUUGGUUCAACAAAGUAAAAAUAUUAGAUUGAAAAUAAUGCAAAAAGAAACUAAAAAUUCUGAAUGUGCAACUACUGGAAGAACUAAAAUAUCAUAUGUAGUUCUUAAAUCAGAUUCUCUCAUGGCUAAUAAUUCUGGUGAAUUAGAUUCUAACUGUAGUACUAUGGAUAAUGAUGAAAUGGGACCAUGGAAAUGUGCAAAAUGCAGUUUAGAUGAAAAGUAUAUAAAUUAUUUCAUGUACAGAAGACAUAUGCAGGAUGUACACAAUGAAAAAUUUGAUCCUCGAAUUUGUGAACAUUGUGGAUACAAAGCUACGAAAAGAAACAUUUUGAUGUACCAUAUGUAUACAAAACACAAUAUAACACCCCCCAAAAAUAUGACUUUUCCAAAAUGUAAAGUUUGCAAUUAUAUUGGAUUGUCAGAAUCACUUUUAGCAAGACAUCAAGCUAAUCAUAAAAAUCAAUUAGUUAACAUUUCGCCAACUCUACACUUGGAUGUGCGCACAAAAAGAAACGUGCAGUCGAAAGAGGAUCGAAAAAUUAACUUAGAUACUGAAAUGAAUUGUUGUAAAGAAAAUAUUAAACUAAAAAGUUGUCUGAAUUUACAAAACAAAUGUUCGGAAUGUGGUAAACAUUUCCGAAAUUCAAAUAGUUUACUAUUUCAUUUGAAAUCUCACCAACACGAAAUUUCACAGUGUGAAUCGUUGAUUUCGGAACCAACAUCAUCUGAAAUGACGUUAUCAAUGAAUAACGAUUGUCAAAUAAAUGAUAUCAAAGAAGCAAAUGCAGAAAUAGAAUGCCAUACAAUGAUAGAAAAUACACCUCAGAGUAACAAUAAUGAAUUACUUGAAAAUUCAAAAAUUAGCUAUAAAUUAGACAGCAAAAUAUAUUGUGAUACGUCUACUUACAUACAACACCGUGAAAAUUGUAGAAGUAAUACCAUUUGUAAUUUUACUUCAAGUAAAAAUUUUAUAAAUAAUUUUGAACAAUUCGAGGAUCGGGAUGAAAUUGUUACAGAAGUCGUAGAGGAAAUUCAAGAACCAAUGCAAAUUGAAAUGAACAAUUUUGAUUACGGAAUUUCUAAUAAUUUUGUAACUAAUUAUAAGAGGAAACAUAGAUUGGAUCAUAUCCUAGAUUCUUCUGAUCAUACAAAAGUAAAUAUCGGAAAUAUAGAAAAUGCGAUCCAAUACGUUGAAGAAGAAACCGAGAUUUUAGAAUAUGAAACCAAUUGAAGUUCACAAACCUUGAAAUCUUGAUUCUGCUGCGACUCUAAUUGUAUAUUAACGAAAGUUUUACGGAAAUAUAUUUCUGUCAUUGAAUAGUAAUAGUUAAAUGUAUUUAAUUAUGUGGAAAAUAUAAUUAUG